GAUCCUGUCCUCGUUUUCAGUGUGUACCCUGAGGCGUUAUCGACUCUCCCCUGGUCAGUGUUUUGGUCUAUUCUCUUCUUCCUCAUGCUGUUGACCUUGGGCCUCGACAGUUCGUUCGGGGGGUCUGAGGAUGUUAUUACGGCGUUGAGCGAUGAGUUCCCUAUUUUGGCAAAUCAUCGCGAGUUGUUCGUGCUUGGUCUGUUCUCUUUCUAUUGCAUUAUUAGAGCGUUGGAAUCAACCCAGGGAGGGAUAUACCUCUUCCACCUGUUCGAACGCAUGUGCGUGGAGUACCCUAUCCUUCUGGCAGUAUUUUGUGAAACAAUGUGUGUAUCCUGGAUUUACGGUGUUGACCGAUUCCGUCAAAAUAUCAAACGAAUGCUUGGCUUUGAGCCUGGAAUCUUUUGGAAAAUCACCUGGAAAUUCAUCGCUCCUCUAUUUAUAAUGUUCAACAUUGUCUACGGCCUGACAAAUUAUCGGAGUCUACAACUUGGUGACUACACAUAUCCAUUGUGGGCAAACAUUAUCGGUUGGAUGUUGAGUGGGAUAUCCAUGUUGGCUAUCCCAGCAGUUGCUGUGUACCAGUUGUGCAAGACGCCCGGUGCGAUACGUGAGAGAUUUAGAAAACUUAUCCAACCGUGCCCAAGCAUGCUGGUCACCGGCCAAGACACUCCGGAAGCCGUGCCGACAAUCAAGAUAACGCGAAGCGCUUCAGAGGUUAUCUUCAUUCCAGUGGAAUCUUCAACUGAUCUAAACAUGAACGUAUGUUCUUCUACUCCAAAUAUGAGUGUGGAACGGGACAAGCAAACUUAAUCUAGAGGUCCGGAUGGUGGUAGAGAACCAACCUCAUCUGCUGCUGGUGUUUCCUCUCCGAGAGAUCUGUUCACUUUACCUCGCAAAGUGGUCAAUCCCUUUCAUGUAGACCAUACGUCACCUUACAUACCAUUCCACAACAUUGGUAAUAUUCUACGGACACCAGCUUUGUGUUGUCAACCGCUUAUGUUUACACUGCACCCUGCGAAAAGCACUCUAAGCAACCUCUACGCUGUUAUAACGAGUAAAAUUCAUCUUUAAACUAACCAGUUCAUCUGUGAAAUAUUGAAAAAAUUUGUGCCAAG